AUAUUUUUUAUAUUUUAAGCUGGUCACUUUCGCCGAUACGUGGCAUAGGCACGAACAAACUUCCACGUUCGCCGCCAUUUUGACAUCCAGCGUAUAGUAGUGACUUCAGUUAAUUGAAGCGUUUUUACUUGAUAUUUAAUUAGAUUUUCUCGAAAAAACACGGCUCAUAAAACUACAAAAUGGGGAAUAUGUUUGCAAAUUUAUUUAAAGGCCUAUUUGGCAAAAAAGAAAUGAGAAUAUUGAUGGUUGGUCUUGAUGCAGCUGGUAAAACCACAAUAUUAUACAAACUUAAAUUAGGAGAAAUUGUUACAACAAUUCCCACAAUCGGAUUUAAUGUGGAAACUGUAGAAUACAAAAACAUCAGUUUCACUGUGUGGGAUGUAGGCGGUCAGGACAAAAUCAGGCCACUAUGGAGGCAUUAUUUCCAGAAUACACAGGGUCUCAUCUUCGUAGUAGACAGUAAUGAUCGAGAGCGUAUCGGUGAGGCGCGCGAGGAACUCAUGAGAAUGUUAAGUGAAGACGAGUUACGAGAUGCAGUACUUUUAAUCUUUGCAAACAAACAGGACCUGCCUAACGCCAUGAACGCGGCGGAGAUCACGGACAAGCUGGGCCUGCACUCGCUGCGCAACCGCAACUGGUACAUCCAGGCCACGUGCGCCACCUCGGGUGACGGCCUGUACGAGGGGCUCGACUGGCUGUCCAACCAGCUCAAGAACGCCAACCGCUAACCUCCCGCGUCACCACUCACAGACUUAUCUGAUUACUGAAAGAGACUAUGGUUUAAGAUAUGUUCACUUUAUUUGCUAUAAAUGAAUACGAUGUAUUAUGUGCGGUAUCAUUAAUGUAUUACUGUGUCACCCGGCGACCGAGCUCGCAUCGCAUUCUCCGAACCACUCGCUUACACCGAUGCCCGACUCGAACGCUGAUUGUACGACGCGAUGCUACAUUAUAUUAUUAGUUCCAAAAUAUUAAUUUGUACAAAAAUAUAGGGGUCAUGCUGUACUUAGCGCAAUGCGGUAAUCAGUCAGGGAUUGCGUUGUUUGUUCGAUCUCUGAUGACGUUGAACAAAUAGUGUGUAAACUAUAAAGUUAAUACAAAAAUUACAAUUUUUGAUUGAAAUGUAUCUUGUAAACAAAAAAAUUUAAUUAUUGAAACUGUACAUUCGAUUGAUCGCGCAUUGUGAUGUGGAUAGGUACAUAUGUGUAGCUGACUCGUGAUAAAGUGAAUCACAGCAUAACUUGUUUUAUAUGUAUACUAUAAUGUGGAAUAAGUUGUCAUAAUAAAGUAUUUAAAGUUAAUUUA